AGAUCGAGAGACCGGCAGAAGCACGCAUCGAACUCGAUUACGAGGAUAUAUCGGCACAAGGGGAAAGCACGUACUCUCCUCUGAAUUAUGGACAGAAGCAUGCCGUGGAUGCGAUACUCGCGAGUUUCGCGGGCGCCUCAGAUCGGCUCUUCUUCAUCGAUGGUCCUGGCGGGUCCGGUAAAGCCUAUCUGUACAAUACUCUGUAUAAUAUUCUAGACGGUCGUCGACUCAUUGAUGAAAUUGUUCAAGAUAACCAAGAAGAUGAAAUUCACCUCACGACGGAGUAUCUCAUUUCCCUAACCCCGUUCGGGAUGCCACCGCAUGAGUUAUAUCUCAAGGACGGGGCAAUAGUAACGCUCCUUCGUAAUUUGGAUAUAACCAAUGGACUGUGUAAUGGCACGAGACUUCGGAUACAGUCGAUGGGUCAGUUCACCUUAGGAUGCGGAUUCGUAUCCGGACUGCGGAAAGGUGAAUUCGUGCUCAUACCGAGGACAGACAAUUGUUGCGAUACCAAAUUACCCUUCCGGAUGCGACGGAGACAGUUCCCUGUCCAACUCGCUUUCGCCAUUACCAUCAACAAAAGUCAAGGUCAGGCUUCCUCCAAACUUGGACUCCAUUAA